UUUUGCAAACUUCCGUUUCAAUCGCCACACAGUUCCGCAAACAAACAGCCGUGCAACGAUCCACCACUCACUGCCAGGGAUUGAGGAUAUGAUCAAAAGUUUACAGGCACAGAGUUGUGUGCUGCCAGUUCAAGAAAAGUAGAUCAUUGUUAUUCAUGAUGCCAAAGAGAUCUGUGGUGGGUCAGCCCUCCUCAGCCAAGUAUCAUAAGCUGACAAGAGCAGGCGAUGGAUAUAUUGACCUUCAGUUCGAGCGCCCUCCUCCCAAGAUUCCCUACAAAGCCAUCUUGUUGGCAACAGGCUUGUUUGUGGCAGGGAGUGUUCUGAUUGUUGUCGGUGCUCUUCUUCUCAGUGGCUACAUCAGUCCGCAGUACUCUGACAGAACAUGGCCGGUACUGAUCUUGGGUGCGUUGAUGUUCAUCCCCGGUGCGUACCACGUCCGGCUUGCAUACUAUGCAUACAAGGGCUAUGCAGGAUAUUCGUAUGAAGACAUUCCAGAAUUUGAAUGAAACAUGAACUUCUCUUCAGUAUUGCCUGGUCGGCUCAGAUCUCUUCACUUACCUCCCUUUGAACACCUAUUCUAUCUCAACAUGGUGUGCAUGGAGAACAUCUGAAUUAAAAUCUAAACAUUAUUUAUCAAAAUGGACAUGUGGGUGUUCAUUUUGUACGGGUGUAUCUUUGAGAAAGUGAAAGAAUUUCUUCCCGACCUUUUCUGUGGCUUUCUAAAGUCACAAUUUCUCCAUGCAUUUUAACUAGAAUGGGACAUCUUAGACAUGCAUGGUCCUCAUGGCGUUUCAUUGGUCAUCUAGAAAGGAUUAAUCAUUAUGGACAUAUCAUACGGAACAAAUGUAUAUAUAUGUCAGUGUCAUGUUAUGACUGUCUUCAUGUCUUUAUGUUGGUUUCCAUGUAUGCAAUUACAGGCAGAUGUUAUCAGAAUGUAUUUAUUAUGAAGUCGUCAGAGAUCCUAUGUGGGUUUUUCGUAAUUUUUCCAAUGAAAUAUUUGGACAUGAUUUAUUGACUGGUAAUUUAUCAUGAGAUGGAUGUGAAUACGUUUGUGUCAUAAAAAAGAUGGUUACUCAAUAGGGAUGGCUGGAGAUUGCUUCCAUGAAAUGUGAUAAAAGUGCUAAAACUGAUCCUGCCAUCCCGCCCUGAUAGAUUACCAGUUCCAUAUUUAUACUUUGGUUUAUUAUUUUGAGGGGGAAGUAAUGCUUAGUUGAGAUCAAUACAGUUUUAUGUUUUACUUUGCUCGUACUACUGUGCAACUUGUUUGAUCAACAUGAUCAAAAAAUGUUUUUAGCAUUACGAUCAAAUGACAUGUUUUUACUUCAGUAACUGAUAAUCAAACACGUCAGCUGUAUGUAAUAAUUACCUUGAGUGAGAGGAAUUAACAUCCUCAAUAUAUGAACUGGGUAUUAAGGGUGAAACUAAUCAUUGGUGACUUCAUGCAACGAUACAAUACACAAUAUGGUGGGUUUUUUCUGCAUCAAUAUAAAAAAGAUACACCUGUUAAAAUAAAUUAUUUGCAACUCCUUCAA